AUGGCAUCGAAACAGCUGAUGUUUAGUGCAGCUGCUGGUGUACUAUUGCUAAUAGCAUUCGUAUUCUAUAUAGUUGCACAGGCUGAUUCGGGUUAUGGCGUUUCGAAGGGGUCAGCGGGUGGCAUAAGUGUAACUGCUAAGCGUGGAUUAUGGACUGAUAAUUUGUCUGAAAAUUGUCAAGGAGUGGAUAUCUGUAAUAAGAUCAAAGCUGCACGAGCAUUUUUCAUAAUGGCAACAAUAGCAGCAUUUGUUGGUGCUCUUCUACUUCUUUAUAUUGCAUUUCGAUCAUAUCCGAAGGCUAUAUAUUAUGCAACAAUAGCUAUGACUCUCGUCACUUUUCUGUUUGGAUUAAUCGGUUGGGCUAUCGGAAUGAGUGCGUUCAUUGGUGACGGUUGGACAAUGGGAGCAGCUUCAGCAUUAGGCCUAAUCGGAUGGAUAUUCAGUUUAAUUGCAUUGGUACUGGCAUUUCUGAUCGGAGGACACGACUCUGUGUAA